GAUGAUCUCUUAGACACGGAAGUGUAAAUAAAGCGUAGCCUACGUGUGUGAACUCGCGUGCGGACGUGACAGAUAGUUGGUAGCUCAUUUGCUUCCCAUGUCGGAGCAAGACGCUACAACGGAGCCUCCCGAGGGAGGGGGAGACGCCCCUACCCCAGGGGAUGCAGGCUUGCGGAAUAGAAAAGGCAAGCAGAAGACACAAGCUUCUCCGACGACGCAACAGGAGACUCCUGAAAGUCCAGAUACACAAGAUGUUCAACAAGACAAUCAACCGGCCCCGGCUCAAACUCCGCAACAAAUAAUACUACAAGCACCACAGCAGGGCGAGGAAAUCAUUUAUGUUCCUUCUAACAGAAUUGUCUUAGCUGUUCCAAAAUGGAUGUUGAUUUUGGUGACAAUCAUAUGUGGUAUAAUUUUUGUUGGACUUGGCGGUUACAUGGGUGAUGUUAUUUGGAAGAAAUAUUACGGCCUAAACAAUGGGUAUGGAGAGAAUGCUAUUACGGCAGUGAAAGUGUCCAUUGGAGAGGAGGCCACAGAAUUGUUCCUCCAAUUUGAUCUCGACAAAGAUGGAAAGCUGUCAAUUGAAGAGUAUGAAGCCCUGUAUCAUAGAUUGGCCGGUAGCGGAUUUAAUGUCUCAGCCCCACCUGAGUUUAAACAGGAAAUUCAGGACGAUGACGAGGUUAUCACAGUCAAGGCUCAUUUCAAGCCACUUCUUCUGGAAACAAUGACCAAAGAUUUGGACGAGACGUUUGUUGGUGGCGGACUCGACUCACUGGCUGGACUGAAGGGAUGGACAAAGCCCAACAUUGAGUGGACAAACCUCGGGGUGAAACACUUCAAGUCGUUCUUCCCGAAGAAAAACAUAACGAUGUCGAGUCUGGGUGAAGUGUACUUCAUCUACGAGAACAGUCCGGGUAAUCACGGUACGAACCACAUGUCAAGUAACCGGUACUACCCCCCACAGCUGGAGGAGAGCCUCGUUGUCAUUCAUCGCAUGCUCAACAUGUUCCAUCCUCGUCCAUUCAUCCGGAACCGGUUCUCUCCCCAGGGAGCUGUAGCGUGUGUCCGGGCCUUUAAUGAUGAGUAUGUGGACAUAGCAUUCAGAAUUCAUGGAGAGUUCCAGCUGAACGAACCACCGUUUUACCCGUUUUGGUACACACCGGGACAGUUUACCGGAAGCCUGGUGAUGUCUCGGGACCGUAAAAAGAUCGUACACUUCCAUAUGUAUGUUCCCACAGAAAACAAGCUGAAUAUCGACAUGGAGUGGUUGAACGGUCCUCUGGAAGGUGAGAAUAUGGAGGUAGAUAUCGGCUUCCAGCCACAGAUGGAGGUGACGAUUACAGCUCCCUCCGUACCCCUCACAAGUGAAAACCUCUACCAGAAGGACUUAGAGGUUCCUGUUGACCUCAGCAUGGAAGACAAGGUCAAGGACAUUAAGUGGACAGGGGAGAUAACUAUGACAGAGGCCAGGAAAAACAUGGAAGUCAAGAUGUAUCCAUUUAAACAGGUGGAGUAUUUCAACUUCACUAAUUCGUUUGAGAAAGCAAAGGAGGAGAGGAAGCUGGUGCAUUCCAUAUUACUUUGGGGUGCACUGGAUGAUCAGAGUUGCUGAGGUUCCGGGCGGACUCUCAGGGAAACGUCCCUGGAAAGUCCGCCCGUUGUUUCUCUCCUCCAGGAGAAUUUCAUCAGCAGUUGGUUCCUCAUCGCUGAUUUGAAGGAUCUUGAAAAAGAUACUCAUCAGCCUGAGGCGAGCAAGCUGGCUAAACAUUUUCUAUCAAACUAUAAAUUUCCUGUAAUGAUGAUUGUGUCUCUCCCUAACGGCACUAUCAUCCACAAGGUCAACGCAAACGAGUUCAUGGAGACAGACGCACCACUUACCUCCAUCAUAGAGUAUGCGGAUAAAAGUGAUGUAGUUGAAACAGCACCUAAUGGGAAAAUAUUUGGGACAAGGCGUAUCGGAGCAAAUAAAGGUGUCGGAGACAAAGAAAAACCAGAGGAGGAACUACCUCCAAAGGAAGGAUUCCAAGAUGCCAGUACCUCGCAGUACAUGAAGUUUUUGAAAGAGGGCCUACGCCGGGCUGAACCAUAUCUGGAUCAGCUGUCAUAGAAAUCCGCACGAUUUUCAAAGGCCUAUGUCGGGCUGUACCAUAUCUCGACCAGUUGUCAUAGUAAUCCGCACAAGAAGUUCAAAGGCCUACAUCUGGCAGAACCAUAUCACGACCAGCUCUCAUGUUAUAUCAAAGAGUUCAAAGGCCAACAUCAGGCGGAACCAUAUCGACCACCUGCCAUAGAAAUCCCAACAAGUUCAAGGCUCAAAUCCCAAGACUGCUGAUCCUUGGGCGUCUAUGUAGACCUGAAAUCAUCAUAGAAAUUGUUCAUAUCAUUCAUUACAUAUCAUAAAACUGUGACAUAAUGAUUUUACUUGGGUGAAAGAGACUUUCAACUGAAAUAUAGUUUAAAAAUAAACUUUAUUUUUAAAGUUUAAUGUCUCUUAUGUAUUAAAAAUGAUGUUUGAUUUGUUAAGAUGUUAAACAGACUUUUGUUUUUAUAAGUGUGUGAAAGAAUGAAAAAUAAGAUUUUUAUGUAGUUUUAUAGUUUACAGUGAUGUUUGACCUCUUUCCCAACAUUUUUGUCUGAUUUCUCAUUUUUGAUGGAAAUAACAUACUUUUGAUUAAAAAUGAAAGCCAAAAAUUAUUCCUGUCAGUUAUAUUAGCACGCCAAUCCUUAUGGCAAUACUAAAGCUUUUGUUAUUCAUUGUUAAAUAAUCUUUUUUACUGUCAAAGACAAACUAAAAAAACAUCAUCUAUUCAAAAAUAAAAAUGUUGGGAUUACAGUGUAAUUACUUAGAUAAAACAAUGUCUGCUUUUGUGGUUUUUCUUUUAACUGAUUGUGUUGAAAUCCUUCUCACUGCAUGUAGAAUACCAACAUUUCUUAAUAUUUUUUUCUUGAGAAUAAGCCAACUGAUUAUUGUAUGAGCAAUAUUUUUGGUAGAUUUAGGUACUAACAUUUAUUUUUGAUGUAAUUAUUUAGAAAUCAAAACAGUACCAAACUUUGCAUGCAAACUAGGUACGGUAAUUCACACUGCUACUCAUCGAGUCAUUUGCAAAUGUUGUUACCUAAUUAAGUCAAUUAAAAGUUAACCUUUGAACUUAAUACUAGCUAGGGAUAUAACUGCAACUGAUUAUUUUUUUCAAUGGGAGAUAACUAUUAAUUAAAAAAAAAUCAAGGGGAGAUAACUUCCAAUUAAUUCAUUUUUACAAGGGGAGAUAACUCUCAAUUCAUUUUUUCAGUCCAUCUUAAACCAGCAUCUGAUUUGUUAAGUUGAGCCUUAACCCUAUACCAACCAAAAUCCAAGUAUGGUUACCACCAAAAGGUUAUCCUGAACUUAAAACAUGUCUGCUGUAUGCAAUAAUGAGUCUCAGGAAUUCUGAAAUUUGAUAUAUAUUUAUAUCUGUGUAUUGCUAGCUUUGAGAUAUAUAUCGCAUUUUGUUACAUUAAUGUAGAAUAGUGAUCAUAAAUAUGUUAUGGCCUAUGUGACAUGCAAAAUAUUCGCGAGAACUUGUACAAAGUUUAAAACAGAUGUUUAACUAUUAUUUGAAACUAGUGAAGAACAAUACAUAAAGGUUAUUAUUGUCAAUAAACAAAUUUUAAAUGCCAGAAAAGUCAUAAACUGGUUAAAUUUUGAGUGCUACUUCUUUUGGGGGGAAAAAUUCAUUUGAGCUUGAAUUUCAACAAAUAGUGUUCUUUAAAGAUAUAUACUACGUCUCUGUGACAUUUACAUCUUAAAAACAAAACAAAAACAAGGGAGGUAGCUCUAAUAUAAAAAAAAAAUGUAAAAUGUACACGGUUGCAUAUCUCCUUAACUUAAAUGGAAUGUUAAUAUAAGUGCUAUUUUAUAUAUAUUUUGACAGGAAGAGUGAGGUAGGUAUUUACACUUCAGGCAUUAGUUAUAUGAUCUAGACAUCUGAUAGGUAUACAAGUGAAAGUUUUAUUCUAAAACAAAAGAAAAAAAAAACCUCUGGUUUUGUUGGUUUAAAUCUGAGGUGAGAUGUUAUAAGGUGUAGAUGAGAUGUUAUAAGGUGUAGAUGUGUUUAUAUGUUGUUUUAAAGUUAUUUGUUUAUGCUUUUGUACACAAUCAGCUAGUAUAUAGAAAUUGUUGGUGAUGAUUUUGUUGAUUAUUUUUGAAAUAUGCAAAAAAAUAUGUGCAUUAUUUGAAAUAUUUUCUGAUAAUCUUGUUCUGUAGAAAUCACGAUGACUUGCAUAGCUUUAAUGUAUACUUCUUACCUGCUGAAUUUAAAAAACCAAGCAGAAUAUCUUUUCAGAUUUGGAUAUUUAUAUUACUGUUAGAUCCUUUCUGAAUUGAUUGUAGAUUUAAAUUUAAUCAAUCUAUUGGAAAAAUAACAGAGGUGAAGACAUAUUUUUACAAUAAUGUCGGAAAUGUGUUUAGAGAUGAUGUCGCAAAGAGCGAAAAAAAUGGAAAAGAAAAUGAGUUAUUCAGUCGUCAAAGUCACAACCCCGUUUGUAACGUCUUGAUUAGAUUUUAGUCACUUAGCUAAUAGAAUACGCGAACAGUUCAGAGCCUUAUGUGUCAAAUUGUUGUUAAAAAUAUUUGUCGGAGCUUCAGCUCAUAAAUCGAUUAUAUCUAUCACUAACCAUUUAUAUUAACAGGGUGAAGAGUGUUUCUGUGUGCAGCUCUAAUAAAGAAACCAUAAUUAUAGAAGCCUCAUUUGAGGCAAUGAUCAAGCAAAUCCAAUCAGAACUAUUUUUAUUCGAGAUAGGAUAAAAUAAGAAAAUAAAUAAACCCAUAUACAAUGUAUAGUUUUGCAAAAAUUGUGGGUAAAAUUCGUCAAUGGAUAUAAUACUGCUGUUAUAUCAGAAAGAACAGUAUUUUCCUACAUCCUCAUUGGUUAGAUCAUAUAAUCACAUGUAGGUCGGUGAUCUGACACUGAUAUCGACUCUGUUUUGCUAUUUUUAGAAAAAGCAGGUCUAUAUUCUCUGCCAGUUCUAUUGUAACAUCACAGUACACUGCCAAACUUUUUUCAUGACGAUUUUCUUGCAUUCAAUCUUGUUUCAUGGGGGAAAAAAAGCAUAAUGUUAUGUUUAAUGUAACAAUUAAGAACUUUUAUUUUAGUGAAUAUCUCUGGAUAUAAGAACCUGAAAAGCAAUACUAAGCUCAACUUUAUCUAAGCUAAUAUCUUGUUCUGGCGUUUAUAAAACCACAUAUGUACCUUAAUUAACUUAAAGUCCAUAGUUGAUAAAUAUUCUAUUGUACAUGAUGACAUUAUGAAUAUAAUGAAUAUUUCAUGACAGGAAGGGUUGGGGGUAAUAUUUUUACAUUCCAUAGAAGUUAGAAAUGGAUCACAGAUUUGAUUGAUCGAGUCAUGUUUUCAUCUACUGACACAAUACCUGCAUGACGACGUGUUCAAAAAAGCUUCUGCUAGAGCAUGUCCGAUAAUCUUGUAUGACGUCAGAUUUGAAUCCAUGACAACGAUCAGUCUUUAUCUGUGAUGACAAAGACACCUAAUAUAUUUUUCUACUUUUUCAUCAAUUGAGUAAAGUUAAUCUUUUAUCUUUACAGUUUUGUCUAAUAAAGUUUGUUUUUAUUCAAA